UGAUUAAGGGCUGAAGGUUGUAGCCAAAGUCCAGAUCAACCCCCUAUUGUUUUUAAAUUACGAAACUGCUCUCCUAUUGAAGUUUAUUGAUCUCUUGCUUGAAUGAAACUGCACUCGUCCAUCUCUAAUCUCUGGGAAAGCUGGGUUAUGUACAACUUGUGUCAGUAGAGUGCAGAAGUUUAAAAUUUUCAUCACUUUGCCCCCUAAAACUCGUCUCAACUGAGCAAACAAUGUCUCUAAUUGCCAGCUUCAUCCGCCACAACACCAGCAAACUGGUGCCGAAGCUCAGCCAGAGUGCCCCAAAGUUCCACUCUUUGGUGACGCGCGAGGCAGCGCCCCUUAACCCGGGGGGGCUUUUCAACAUUCUGAGCCGCUCGGCAAUCAGGGUGCACUUCCCCAGACCGUCAGAGCGGAAGAGGGUGCAGCGGCACGGAUGGAAAACCCGAAUGAGCACGGCAGAUGGGCGCCGAACCCUGAUGAAUCGCAUAUUGAAGGGCCGAUGGGUCAUUUCGCAUUAGCCCGAAUUGGCUGGUGGCUGUAGUUAGUGGAAAUAGAGAUCCACAGAGUGAAUUUGCGCCUGCACAUGGAGUCAAUUGCUGCCCAUUUUGGUAAAUAUUCCCUCAAUUAAAUUGGUUAUAUGAAUUAUUUUGUGCAUCCAUCGCUGAAAACAGAGGCUGUUUAAAAGUU